AUGUCUCUUGGAUUGAUUUCUUACAAACCCGGUGCUCCGACGUUUGAAUCUCUGGGCGGUUUGGAAUACAAACAAAAUGUCAAUAUACAAUUAGAAUGUGACAAGAAGCAAAUAUUGACCGACGGUCUGAUAUUAAAAGGAUGGUACACUACAAUAACACUCGCGGUGUAUGGAAGUCUUAAUAAAACUGUAGUCAGUCCUCCGGAAGCCCCAACUCCAGUACCACCGCCAGAAGAAGUACCUGUCGAGGUACCCGAGCAAGAACCGAAACCGUCAACUUCGCAAACAACUGAGCAGCAACCUGACUGGUAUUUUGAGAAUCAUUCACAAGCGCCGGCUACUUUUACAGCACCAGAACCAGCGACGAGUCCAAAACCGGUACCAGCUCCUAAAGCAACGGUUGAGUCAACCGUAAAAGUUUCGGUAAAUGAACCGGAUAAAAAUGAAUCCCAGCCAUGGUCUGAAGAAACACCGGAAGAGACACCGAAACCGGUCAAAAGACCCUCGUCACCACCCGCUGAAUCUCUUGUGUCUCUUAGUCCCGAGUCUAUUUCUGCUGAGGAAGAAGAAGUUGAAAGAGAAGUUGAAGAAAUGACAACUGAAGCUAUUGAACCUUUCGAACCGAUUCUUUCGGAUGAAGAGUUGAUGGCCGACGAUUUACCACCGCCGUCAGUUGAUUUUACUUGUGAUAUUCCUGAAGAUAUUCACAUGAUUGAACCUCCAGAUCUUCUGGAUAUUGAAAAGCCUCCUCGAGGAAUUGAAAAAGAUACUGCAGAUAAUCCUGAAAAGACUCGAGAAAUUAUUAGAUCUCUCGCUAAGUCUGUCAUCAACUUUAACAAUGUAACUGGUCAGGAAAAAGAAGUUUUUGUGCAUAGCUGCGAGACUCUUUGCAUUUUGCUUGGAUCUUCUUUUCAAGCAGACAACGAUGACUUGCAGGAUAUCACUGAGAUCGUCAACGCAGGCUUAGACAUGGAGCUUGCACGCGCUCAACCUCAGCCGGCUUACAAAGUUCGUCAUGUCAAGGUAGGGGUUAGACUAGCAGAAGCGGCGAGUACUCUUGAAGAUGGAGCAUCUAUUCUCCUAAAAGUCGAAGCUCCACAAAAACUUUUGACACUCUGUACACGCGAGAACGUCGCCUUGCCGGUAAAGUUAGCAGCUUUAAGAGCGCUUGACGCCGCUUUAAUAAGUCCUAAAAUUGUUGAAGAAUUUUUAAAGUCAGAUAACAAUCUAUACAAACUGACUUUGAUAAUGUUAGACGAGGCAAAACUAGCAAGAUUGAAGUACGCGCUGGUUUCUCUACUUAGAAAAAUUCAUGUCUAUGAAUUGCUGUCAGAGAUCAACGAAGUAGGACUGACAGAAAUAGCCGUACUUGAAUUGACUCAAACAUACGCCUGUGCUCCAACACUUAUGGCUCAACCAAAAAGACAGCUGCCGGCUAGAAUGCAAAUGGAAUUCGAACGAGAGCAUAAUAGGAACCCUCGGAAACAUUUGAUAUCUUAUUUUCACCACUACGGUUUAAUACGGAGAAUUUUUUUAAUUCUAGUGUCUCCAGAUUCAACAGAAAGUCUCAUCAAAGCAACAAGAACAUUUUUGAAUCAUUUAGCUGACACCGAAGAUGGUCUGUGGUAUCUUUUUAAGGAGUCAGAAGUUACUCGAUCGAUCCUCAAAGCCUUGAGAUACGACAAACCAGGCCUGGGUGCGCAAAUAGCCUGGCGUAUUCAAGUUGUUCAGUGUCUUGCUCUUCUAAAAAAUUCAUCGACACAAGACUGGCUAGUUGUGAAAAAACUUCACUCGUUUCUGACGUUUCCGGAAGGUUUACGAGCUAUAAUUAAAGUUUUAUCCAUAGGUUCUUGUAUUGACAUUUUAAUUCCUCUUCUGUCAAACCGGGAGUUGUCUGAAUUCGUAGCCGAGUUAAUAACCGUCAUGAUCCGUUACUCAGAUGAAGUAGAGGUCCUGCAAAGUCGUGCUGCGUCUUUACUCGAGGAAGCACGCAGUCAGGGAAAAUUACGUGACGCAAUAUCUUAUUUGACUAUUGCAGCGCCAAACAGCAACUGGAAUCACGGAGACGUCUUCACACUUGUAUCAACAAUUAGAAAAUACGCCGACAAAGUUCCGACACUUCCCGGAGAACUUAUCACGGCUUGCAGAAUUCUUCAUCACCUGAUAUUUCCAUCUAACUGCGAUAUGGAUCCAACAGAAGCGUAUAUCGAAUUGAAACACAGAAAUGCAUUAACUCAACUAUACGCUGCUGACGGUCUGACGGCUUUGGUAGCAGUAAUGACCAAUUUAACAAACUUUUACCAGCAGCCAUACGUUCAUAGAGCAUCAUUUACUGGUCGUCGUGGUUUGUCGAUGUUAUCUAUUUUACUUCCUUGCGUAAAAUUGACUCGCGCUCUCUUAGAACGAUUAGUAAAGUGUAUGGGAACUGAAUUCAAAGAUCUAACCCCCGUCGUACCUCUCCUAGGAGUUUACGCGCUGAUAGACGCGAUACCAAACUCCACUCAAUCGACUCGUCUUCUAGCUGACGAAGUUGCUGAGACCUUGUUGUUAUUUACCCGAGCAGUAGAUUCUGAUGGCGCAGGCAACGUCGCUAAAUCUCUUUGGACUCAGAUGCUCGGUGAAGUUUUAAAAAUGAUUUCCUCCAGCCCAAGUAAUUUUAUUCCUGGCUUGAAGUUAUUCUCAAGACUGCUACCACCUAUUUUAGACCUUGAAGACAUGGUAGAGAACGAAGACACAGCACGUGCUCUGGGACUAAGAAAAUUAUGGUCAGCUCAUCUUCAGGCCCAAGCAGUAAAUCUCGCCGAAACUUUGAGAUUACUCUGUGCCAGUUGGAAUGAAACAUUGUUGACAUUACUGUCUACUGUUUGCAAACAGCUGAGUGAUUUAGCGGCUCCUACUGCGUUGCUGGUGGGUCGGUGUCUUCUUGACAGAAUUUUAGCAGCUUCUUCAUUAGAAAAUCACAGACCAACACUGGCACUUGUGAGGGAUUUAGCGCUUCACGCUCCAGUAAAAGCCACGCUAUUAACUCUAUUGAGUCCAACAUCACGCGCACAAGUAAAGUCAGAUCAAAAAUAUAUUCCAGUGGUUGAUAUGAUGUGUACGGCGUUAAAAAAUACCACAGACAUAAAUGUACAAAUUGAAAUAUUAGAUAUAUUUAAUACACUCUGUGAUUAUACUCUGAGUAUUAUGCAAGAGGAACAUAUUGAACCUUUUGAGAUUCGCUUGACACACUCAGUCCCCAGUAAGGAACCUCUACUGUCUAUUAUCACUGUCCUCAUUGAUAUUCUUGCCAAUGCCACUAAAUAUUCGUCGUCUGUUUUGGAAAGCACACUAAGUAUUUUUUUAUCACUUACUCAGCACAACUACGGUCUGUAUCACGUGAAAAGCUGCCUAGAAAAUAAUCCAGGGACUCUGAAAUCAUUUUUGGAACAUGUUGCGACAAUGGAAGAUGAUGAAGAGAAGAAAAUAAAUCCAACACUCACAGUUGCCUUUUUGGAGAGUUUAAUAACAUGUGGAAAAUCUUCGAAGCGAUCAUUGUACCUCCGGCUGUCUCAGUUGGCGACUUUGAUCAUGUGGGAGAAAAAUGAACCACAUCCGCUGGAAAAAGUACCUGGUACUUCCGACUUAGUUAGCGAUUUAAAAGCAACUGAAGAUGAAAAAGAGCCGAUUCCAGAGAUGCUUGAGCCUCUUUUGCCGACUCCUGACGCUUUAUUGAAUCAAUUCUCCCAAAGGUCGAUAAAAAGAUCAAGAUCGCCGUUACCAAGAGUACGAAAACGUUUCAGUGGUACUGGUACCCUGGAAACUACUGUUGACUUGAUAGCGCUAGCUACUGAAUUACUACCAGCAGAUUUUAAUUUAUUCAAUGCAACGCAAUUGCUGUGCUCAAAAACUUUAUCGAACAAUAUCUUGGAGUCAGGACAAACAAAGGAAGAAAAUUCUCGUGAUAACCGCGAGCUUCAGAAGCCACCGACUGUUCCUACAGCUAAAACGAAAAUGCCUUUCGUCUCCCCGAUGCGUGGUCGCGCGCAAUUCGUCAGUUCACGAGGUGGUUUAGUCUCUGGUGGAGUUGGCCGAGGAGCUGAUCCAUUCCGAUCGAGGCCACCAAAUACCUCGCGACCACCUUCACUUCACGUCGACGAUUUCGUGGCACUUGAAACCUGCGGAGCACAACCCACCGGUCCUACUGGCUACAACAAAUUAAGUGUUCGAGGUACAUGUCCGCCUCGAGGAGUUAUCACUGGACCAAGAUGUCGUCCUUGGAUGGAUCCACGACCUCCGUACAUGCGUUAG